GUUCUUACAUUAGUAGUCCUCCCAACAAUCCCAUUUUGACACUAGACUGGUUCCGGAUUCAGAAUAUAAGAAGCAGAACGUUCGAUUGCUCGUCGAACUGUGUGAGUCACUAUAUAUCGUUAUAAUCUGUGGAUAAUGUUUUCUCAUUUGGAAAACCACGUGUGGCGAGAGGUUACAUUUUGAAAGAGCUACGUGUACCUAAAACACUAUAUUGAUGCUCAACAACUAGCUUUGGUUAGUGCACAUUAUUUGUGCAGUUACACCUGUAGGCUGUAGCAGCCGUAUUUAGGAGGCAGGGCAAACAAAGGUGAAACAAAAGAAGAACACUUAAUUGGAAGAUUCGGAGAAUAUUCGUUUAAUCACGUCGUUCGUACGAAUCUAGCACUGGGUUGUUGAAAGAAAUGUCCCAAAGGGACAGACGAGAAACAAGUUUUGAUCGUGAUUCAAGCAGUGAUACCGAGGACUACCUAGAUUCUGGUGAUCAAAGGAGAAGGGUUUUCAAAAACGGCUCCCAAGCCAAGCCUAAGCCUUGCCUAGUUCAGCGUCCUGGAUCAGCAGGUAGCACUGAAUCGUACCACCAACACCCAAUUGCUAAGCCCCAGCCUAAUAUGGGAGCCAAAAACAACAGGCAAAGGGGAAAUUUCGCAUUUGUUAGCAAUUCAAGGACUUCAGGAGUCAUGUCAGCUGGAGGAGAUUCUGAACAUGGAAUGUCAGUUGAUCGUUGCCAAACUUAUAAUCGAAGGGAAAUGAAAGAUGGGAGAGGCAUGACAGCAGGAUCCGUCAUGAGGGACGAACGACUAACUCUGGUGGUAGACAACACGCGUUUUGUUGUCGAUCCCCAACUCUUUGCUGCCCAUCCCAAUACCAUGCUCGGUCGGAUGUUCACAUCUGGCGUAGAGUGGGCUCGACCCAAUGAGCGCGGCGAGUACGAGGUAGCCGAUGGCAUUUCGGCGACCGUUUUUCGUGCCAUUCUAGACUACUACAGAUCGGGUUUCAUACAGUGCCCACCAUCGGUAUCUGUGCAAGAGCUUCGCGAAGCCUGUGAUUAUCUUCUAUUGCCUUUCGACGCCCACACUGUCAAAUGCAAAAAUCUCCGUGGUUUGCUACAUGAGCUGAGUAAUGAAGGAGCUAGGGCGCAAUUCGAAUCUUUUCUUGAGGAAUUAAUACUUCCUGUCAUGGUAAACUCCGCUCAACGCGGAGACCGUGAGUGCCAUUUGGUUGUUCUUUUGGACGAUGACGUGGUGGAUUGGGACGAAGAGUACCCACCUCAAAUGGGAGAAGAAUAUGCCCAAACCGUUUUCAGCACCUCCAUGUAUCGAUUCUUCAAGUACAUUGAGAAUCGGGACGUGGCCAAGCAAGUCUUGAAGGAGAGGGGCCUUAAAAAGAUUCGACUUGGAAUUGAAGGUUAUCCUACGUACAAGGAGAAAGUGCGCAAGCGACCGGGCGGCCGCGCUGAAGUCAUUUACAAUUACGUCCAGCGGCCUUUUAUUCACAUGUCUUGGGAAAAGGAAGAGGCCAAAAGCCGACACGUUGACUUUCAGUGCGUCAAAUCAAAAUCUGUGACCAAUCUGGCGGAAGCAGCCGCCGAUCCAGCUCUGGAUGCGGCUGGUAAUCCCCUUCUGCCUUUUCCAAUACCUUUGGGGCACGCUCCUACUACGGAGGGCCCCCUUGGUCCGGUCCUAGUGGGUCACAUUAUUGAGAAUGGACUCCACCACAAUGGUCCACCUAUAAUUGAUGUGGAAGCCAUCGAGGCAGGCCUAGAAUUUGAAGAAGGGGCUGUAGGUGGCAUCGACUUGAACAUGGUCCGUCCUUUGCAGUCGAUGUCGCUUAAUGAGCCCUAUCCCCAGGGUCCAAUUUCCGGAGCUGGACAGAGUGACGAUCCCUGAAAGGGAUAAAAACCAGUUCGUGGCACCACCACCAAUUAUAAAUCAGCAAAGCUCCUUUUUAAUUAAGCUUGCUUUUGCUUUUAUAGGCCUCCUUGGGUAUGCUAUGGUAGUCUGUGACGUCCACCAAAACACACACACAUUUUCACACGUCUCUGCCUAGUAUCCUUUUUUAUAUUGCGCAUUUGUUCGUGAUGGCCAUUAACGGAAUAGCUCGCCUCUAUUCUUUUGGAUAUUCCCAGAAGGUUUUCUUUUCUUUUUAAAUAUUCGUUCAUACAUUAAUUAUAGAGGUGUGGUGUGUUAUCGUAUUAUCUAAUCCUAAUUGCUAACAUGUCUAUAUUGUGGCCCUCAGGUGUAUUUAUUCCUUGCCACUUCACAGGUUCGCAUGAGCAACAACCAAGCACACUUUUUCCCAACACUUUUUUCAGUCCUCCUUCUCUCAUGUGUGUACCAGUUUAUGUGUGUGUAUUAUGUAUAUGUAACAUUCAAUAUACUGCAGACAUUUCAGAAA